AUGGAGAAAUUGAUGAAGAAUCAAGAACUGGCCAACAAAAAUCAUGAAGCUUCUAUGAGGAAUCUGGAAAGGCAAAUUAGGCAAUUGUCUAAGCAGCCAGUUGAAAGACCAACCAAUGCCUUCUCCAGUGAUACCAUUCCCAACCCUAAGGAGGAAUGCAAGGCUAUCCAGCUAAGGAGUGGGAAGACACUGGAAGAUGAUACCAAAGUUGAUUGCAAGGAAGGACUAAAGGAUGAAGAGAAUGAUCAAAAGAAUUCCAAAAAGAAGGAGGAAUCACAAGCUUCAUUGAAGGGCAAGCAAGCCUUAGAGGAGCAACCACAAGAGCAAAGAAAGGAGAUAAAGCCUUAUGUCCCUCCUCUACCAUACCCUCAAAGACUGCACAAAGAAAUCAAAGACCAACAAUUCUCCAAAUUCCUGGAAAUUUUCAAGAAGCUAGAGAUCAACCUUCCACUUGCUGAGGCAUUGGAACAAAUGCCACUAUAUGUGAAAUUCCUCAAGGAGCUCAUCAAUAAGAAGAGAAGCUGGAAUGAAAAGGAGACCGUGAUCUUGACCCAAGAGUGCAGUGUCGUGAUUCAAAGAGGCAUCCCACCAAAACUCAAAGACCUAGGGAGCUUCCUCAUAUCAUGCACCAUAGGCAACAUGACAUUGGAAAGAGCUCUCUAUGAUUUGGGUGCUAGCAUCAACCUGAUGCCUUUUUUCAUGAUGAAAAAGCUUGCAAUAGAGGAAGUUAAACCUACGAGAAUGUCACUCCAAAUGGCUGAUAGAUCACUCAACAUACCUAAUGGAGUGGUAGAGAAUUUAUUGGUGAAGGUUGGAGAAUUCAUCUUCCCUACUGAUUUUGUCAUCUUAGACAUGGAAGAAGAGGGACACAACUCAAUUAUCUUGGGGCGACCUUUCUUAGCCACAACAAGAGCCAUCAUUGAUGUAGAAAAAGGUGAAAUGAUUCUCAGGGUGCAUAAUGAGCAAAUGAUCAUUAAUGUCUUCAAAGCAAUGCAAUACCCUCCUGAGAAAGAAAAUCAUAUGAGGGUGUAA